AUGGAUGCGUCAUUUGGUGUUUAUCAGAACCUACCUUUUGGUCGUAAAAACGCGAAGAGAAACAACAUAUGUUAUCAAGUUCUUCGUAGAUCUUUACACGUGCAUGGAUCCUCCGUUCGAAGAGAUCUCAAAAUUAUUCGAUCUAUGGUACAGAAAGAAGGCUCUAAAUUUAUUGAAGUCUGGAGAAAUAAUACUAAGCAUCCUGUUGGAUUCGACAGUCAACAUUUGUUCUUCGACAAAUUCAGGACGUGCUACACCACGUUUGGUUCAGAAGGAAAACCGGAGUUGCUUUACAAACUCGACGCUUGUGACACUUCUAAGAAGAUCGAAUCUGCGCUUGUCUUUGAAAGCCCUGUUGAUCAGCACUCGUAUCUGAACUGCACUAAAUAUCAGGGUUAUAAACCUUGCUUGCUAGCAGUUACUGCAGACGGCUGGUUAGUCCGUCAUGAUUUAAAAACCGGAGAUGUUUUACAGAAAGUUUAUUUGUCAAAAAACUACAGAUUCAAACAUCUACUUUGGGAGUCUGAUUUGCAGCGAGUUGUGCUAAAAUCAGUCCAUGUCCUCUCACAGAGCAGACCUUUAAUGUUUUUAUCAAUUUUCUCCAUGGCUCCUUUAGAGUUCCAGGCUCUCAUGCCUGUUGAAAAAUCUAUCUUCGGUCAGGAUAUUGUUGAUGCAGCUGCAAGUAAUGGAUUUUUGGUGAUUAUGCAUCAUUCAAACAGAAUUAAAUUUUACAGUAUGCUAGAAGUCAUAGAGAACUACAGUUUCGUUACAAAACUGGGUCAAAGUAUUAAGUCAUCAGAAGGAUCAUCUAUCGUUGGAAGUUAUCCAGAUGGGCUCCCUGUAAAUGUAUCAUUUAGUUCAAAGCCAGUGGUCUUGUUUGAGAUUUCUAGCAAUCAGCAUGUCAUCUCAUUUGGAGGAUAUCCAUGGCAUUACAUUUCUUGCCCUCAGCCUCACAGCAGUGCAUUUCAUGUUUGUUCAGUGAGAGAUUUGAAACUUGCAAAGAGAGGAAUAUUGGAAAUGAAUAUUUUAUCAGUUGAACCGGACCAGGCAUACUUUCAUGCUGAUAACAGUGGACGUAUUCUUCACAUCGGUUCCCAUGAAAUAAGGUAAGAGGAGAGGGCCUGGCAACCUUGUUUACCCUUAACACCCUAACAUCAGUAUGGAUAUUCUCCAUAUUGUUAGAGGGAAGGCUAAUUGCUCUGACAAAGGGCUAGCACUCAAAGCAUCAGCUUUUAAACUCUUUAUGGUGGCCAAUUUACACUAUCAACGUGGUUGAUAAUACUAAAUUACCCUGUUAUUCUCUCCCACUGAUGCACUGAUGCUCUCCCACUGAUGCAGCACUACAGUUUCUUUACAAACUUACCCCUUUUACUAUUAUAAGUGCUCUUUAGUCUCAAAUUUUCUGGAUGGUGAGUCCAAGGUUUCUCUUUCAACUUAUAGGUUUCUCUUUGAUGGCAAAAGUUUCUGAUUAAUCCUCGUGGCAUUGAAAGGGGUAAUAAUUGGGAUUAAAAAGAGGGCUGGGGACAAUUGCUUAUUGCUACCCUAUGAACUAACCUCCUUCCCAACUCCUGAGAGUCACAGACUAGCAUCUUAUUUUCUCACCAAAUGUAACGGGUGAAUCAAACAUCUGAAGUCAUGAGAAUAUAAGAAAUGAUCACCAACUGAAGAUGCUCUUGACUUUUGAUUGUUGAAGAAACUUCCUCCAUCACUACUAUAGGAAAUGCAAAGAACAGUACAGAGAACAGUCAUGCUGAUGGUCGGGUGUAAACAGUUACGAGCAUAACAUUUUUAUUUUUUUUUUUUAUGUUGAAAACUUGGAAACUUGUUUCAAAUGGUCAACCCAUGUUGUAUAGUGCUAGACUGCUAUGUAGGAGAUAAAGGGUUCAAGCCCCAGGCCGAACUAACACUCAGGUCUUAACCCUUUAACUCCCAAGAUUUGAUUGUUAAUUCUCCCCUCUCCCUGCGAGAGUGUUAGAUCACAAUAACAAAUUCUACCUGAUAAGUUUGAAUAUUCUCAUUAACUGUUUGCUGGAUAAUGUAAGGAUAUUACCGGGAGAAGUUUCAUGUUGAUCACUUCUGGGAGUAAAAGGGUUAAAUCAACUGAGGAGAAUGUGCUGCCUUUGCUAUGACAUCUGCAAAUGGUUAGACAUUUUAGUCUUCUUGAAUGUGGACAAUUAAUGGUAGGCCCUGUCUAUCUCUGUACUGUACUGUGUUCUCACAAAGAAUAAGGAAUGUAGCUCCAGAUGUUGUCGUCUGGCCUUGUUAUCAUUUAUACAGGCCCACAUUCAAAUCAGCUUUAAGCUGAAAUGGGCCAGCCUGUCCAACUACUGCAAGUAAAUCAAUAAAGUAAUUGUUUUUAUUAUUAUAUGUCACAGGUGUUUGAAACUGUGUCAAACAGAGCCCAUGACACCAGGAUUUGAACUCAGACACUGUUUUGUGCUUGAUCUAAAAAAGGAGGAAAGUGCAAGUGAAGGACCCAAGUUCACUUCUUCUGGUCGGGAAAUUAAAGCCAGGACAGAUCAAGUUUUCAACAAUCCUGGCUUUGAAACAAUUUUAGACGUGGAUUAUGAAGAUGAACUGGAUGUUCUGGUUGUUCUCUCUGCAAAUGCAUCAAGCGAUACACCCUGUGGAGUUAUAGGACUCUAUGAUAAUCAAACUGGAUUGCUUAUUCAAGAAACGACUGUCAGUAACUGGGUAGAAGAUGCUGAUCAUUCGAUCAUGAUGGAAAAAGACACAAUAGUUCAUAUCAUCAAGGACUACCAGUUCUGUUCAAGGAAGUUUUCAUGCACAGUUUAUAGGCUAAAUCCCAGCUGA